AUCUUUCUUUAAUUCACUUUUUCUUUGCUCAUUUGUUCUUUCAUUCCUUCAGUCUUUCUUUAACUCAUUCAUUCUUUUAUUCAUUUUUCAAUUCCCUCUUUAUUUUGUUCUUUGCCUUUUUAGCUCCUUCAUAUUUCCUUAUUCUUCUUAUCCCUCUCCUGGCUCUUGCUCUCUCUCACACACACACAUGCAGAGUUGAUGCCCUUAUAAAGCAGACAGACACAUGCUCUUUUCACUUCCUGCACUGCUAGACACACACAAGCGCUCUUCAACUCCGGAGCAGCCGUUUGUAACCCCAGCUGUUGGCAAACAGCAGGCGAAAAAACAGCCCUCUUAGCCAGUGGCUUGAGGCAGAGGGAGAGUUCGCUCAACCCCUCCCUGCCCCGGGAUCACCGAGCUGGGCCCCCCCCGGCCCCGACCCCUUUCUUCAGGCGGUUUUCUAGCUCUACAGAAACCAGCACAGCUACAGCGACCCUGCAAACACGGCUGAGCUAGAGCAGAUCUAGAAAAACAGCCAGUCUCCAUUUCCUGCCCAGGUGGACUAGCUCUCCCAGCCCUGCCCGUGGCCCCAGUGCAGCCGGGAUGGCGCUGACACUGCAGCAGUCGUACCAUCGGCGCUGGUGGAUGGCAAGCACCGCCGUACUGGAGAACCUCUUCUUCUCCGCUGUGCUGCUGGGCUGGGGCUCCCUGCUCCUCAUGCUCAAGCAUGAGGGCUUCUACUCCCACAUGUGCACAGGUGAAAAUGGAACCAACGGCUCGGCUCUGGGGCUGCCCCCCAACCACUGGCCUAGCUGCGUGGAGCAGGAGGAGAUGCUGAACCUGGGCUUCACCAUCGGGUCCUUCCUGCUGAGCGCCGCCACCCUGCCCCUGGGGGUGCUCAUGGACCGUCUAGGGCCCCGGCCCCUCCGCCUCCUGGGCAGUUUCAGCUUUGCUGUCUCCUGUGCUGUGAUGGCCCUGGCUGCCUACGACCCCCCAGUUCUCUCCCCACUGAUUUUCCUCGGCCUGUCCCUGAAUGGCUUCGGGGGUAUCUGCCUGACAUUCACCUCUCUGACGCUGCCCAACAUGUUUGGGAACCUGCGCUCCACCUUCAUGGCGCUGAUGAUUGGCUCCUACGCCUCCUCGGCCGUCACCUUCCCCGCAGUCAAGGCAGGUUCAACCCCCUCUUCCUGCCCCAGAGCAGUGGGUGGCCUGGGUUGCUGGGCUGGGGGGCUCGCAGAGAGCUAUCAGCACCCCUGGGUUACGUGGGGAAAAAUCAGGGCUAUCAGGGUGACCCCUGCCCAAGAGGCCAGCCAGAUCCUCCCUGUCCACAUCCGCCCCCCUAACCUCCUGCUCCCCUGUUCCCAGCUGAUCUACGAUGCCGGCAUCUCCUUCAUUGCCAUUAUGCUGACCUGGUCAGGCCUGGCCUGCCUCAUCUUCCUCAAUUGCCUGGUCAACUGGCCCAAGGAAUCCUUCCCGGCGCCCGAGGAGGUGAACUACACGAAGAAGAUCAAGCUGAGCGGGCUGGCACUGGAUCACAGGGUGACAGGCGAUCGGUUCUACACCCAUGUCACCACCGUGGGGCAGCGCCUGAGCCAGAAGGGGCUGUGCCCGCAGGAAGGCAAGGAGCUUUGCCCAUCCAUGCAGGACCUGUACCAUGGGGCCAUGAUGCCUGCCGAGUACUUGAUCCCCUUCCGCCGCAGUGUCUGCUCCCCCAUCUUCCUGUGGAGCCUGAUCACCAUGGGCAUGACCCAGCUGCGUGUCAUCUUCUACAUGGCAGCGAUGAACAAGAUGCUGGAGUUCCAGGUGACGGGCGGCGGCCAAGACGUGCCAGAGGAGCUGAUGGAGCAGGCCGAGGGCACAGUUGGGUUCUACGCCUCCGUCUUCGGGGUCAUGCAGCUGCUCUGCCUCAUCACCUGCCCCUUCAUCGGCUACGUGAUGGACUGGCGCAUGAAGGACUGUGUGGAUGGGCCGCUGGGCACGGGUGCCACUGCGGCAGCUGGGGCCGGGGCUGAGAAGUCACCUGCUAGGCCCCGUUACCGCAAGAUCCAGAAGCUCACCAACGCCAUCCGGGCCUUCACCUUCACCAACCUGCUGCUGGCGGGCUUUGGGGUCACUUGCCUCAUCAACAACCUACCUCUGCAGUUUUUGACCUUUGUCCUUCACACCAUGGUGCGAGGCUUUUUCCACUCUGCCUGCGGGGGUCUCUACGCGGCUGUGUACCCGUCCAGUCACUUUGGCACUCUGACUGGCCUGCAGUCGCUGAUCAGCGCCGUCUUUGCUCUGCUGCAGCAGCCACUCUUCAUGGUCGUGGUGGGACCCCUGGCUGGCGACCCCUUCUGGGUCAAUUUUGGCCUCCUGAUCUUCUCUCUCCUGGGCUUCCUGCUGCCUCUCUACCUCUGCUACUUCCGGCGCACCCUGCUUCGGGACCAGGCAGCACUAGGAGAGAUCCCGGACAUGGCUGAGGGCACCCAAGUCAAACUCCAGGACGGCGUGGCCCUCAAUGGCAUGCUGAGCGCUGACGACACUGAGGCAUAGGGGGGGCUGGAGAACGGGGGGGGGGCGGGGAGGAGAGCGUGGGUGACAAAGAACAAAAUGCCAGAUCCGCUCAUCAGACGAUUGCCGAACAGAUGGGAUGAGACACUAAGAGCAGGAAAAAGAAACACUUGUAGGUUUCAAUACACGGGAGCCAUGGAAAUAGCCGAGCUGCGUCGAAUUUCUAAUAGUUUUUUUUUAGAGAGAGAGAGAGAGAGAGAGAUCUAUAUAUUUUUGCAGGGAACUUUAUAAAGCUCUAUGGCUGUAAAUAGCUAACCAAAGAUUGGGGUGCACUCCUAAACCCCAAAUCAGGAUGCACUUUCCCAUAAAGAUCUGCCCCUUAGAAAGGGGUGCUGGAUCAGGGCAUUCAGGAUAAUAAUUUCUAGCACUUACCUAGCCACUUUCAUCUGUCAGACUGUGGUGGGUGAGUAUCAGAAUUCCCCUCCUCCCCGCCAUGUUAUAGAUGGGGAAACCGCCUAGCUGCUAGGUCCUGGGUUUGAAUCACAACUUCCCCCUCUCUGCCCUGCCUGAUUGAGCCUUUGCGUAUCUGCUAACAUGGAGGGGUCAAAGUUUCCUCACCCUGCUAGGAUGUCCUUCAUUGGCCCACACUGGGUUGUUGAUAAAGUUUCUUUUAAAACAAAUGAAAGGAAGUAUUUCUCCACACAACACACAGUCAGCCUGCUGGAACUCUGCUAGAGGAUGUUGUGAAGGCCAAGACUAACAGGGUUAAUAAAAAAAGAACUAGAUAAAUUCAUGGAGGGUAGGUCCAUCAAUGGCUAUUAGUCAGAAUGGGUCGGGAUGGUGUCUCUAGCCUCUGCUUGCCAGAAGCUGGGAAUGGGCAGCAUAGGGUGACUAGCCGGCCCAAUAAAAUCGGGGCUGUCACGAUUUUUAGGUCUUUGUCCCGCAUUCCGACCGAUGCACGGUGGGGACACCAUUUGUCUUGAUAUUGCGGCUUUGGCCGCUCCGGCUUAUUUUUUUUUUUUUUUUUGCUUCAUCAACUUUGUCGCUUUUUUUUUUGCUUCCCCCUUGUGUCCCGAUAUUUUUGUCGUUUCAUCUGGUCACCCUAGGGCAGCAGGAGAUGGAUCAUUUGAUGAUUACCUGUUCUGUUCAUUCCCUCUGGGGCACCUGGCACUGGCCGCUGUCAGAAGACAGGAUACGGGGCUAGAUGGACCUUUGGUCUGACCCUAUAUGGCCACUCUUAGGUUCUCUUCUAGGAUGUCCCCUGUCUGCCAACGCUGGGGUGUCGAUAAAGCUUUGAUUCUUCUAGGACAUCCUCUGUCUGCCAAUGCGGGGUGCUGAUUAAGUUUCCCCUCCCUUCUCAGGCCACCCCACACCAAGAUACCCUCUAUCUGCUAACUCUGGGAUGUCGAUCAAGUUUCCUUCUGUUAUAGACACACUCUUGUCUCUUGACACUGAAGUGUUGAUCAAGUUUCCCCUCCCCUAUUUUAUAAGCUAUCUCACUGUGUAUGGUGGCUGUGGAUCCCACCCCAGCAGAACCAGACACUGGGAGGUGUCUGGGGUGAGUGGCUGCUGGGUGCGUAUUUCUCAGGUGCUCCUAUUCAUCUCUUAUUUGGGAGAGAGCAAAUGUCCAUGUCUACAAAUGGUACUAAGGGUGGAUCAGAUCCAACAGUGGGUUCUGAGUCUGGCUGCAGACCUUUCAGGGGAUGGGUGCAGGUGCUGGGUUGGCAGUAUUGAAGGGAGGUGCUUGAAAUCACAGGCUAUCUCUGUCAUUCCAGGCAGAGCUGGGGAGCAACCACAGUUGGCCACCUUCAAGUGACAUUGUUGCAUCCAUUCUCUAUGGUGGUGCACCCCCUUCCCGGGGGCCAGCAAAGGGAUUCGCCAGGAAGGGAUGGGAAUGGGCCCCUGCCCCCCUCCUCUCUGUAAGCCCCACUGUCUCUCUGCUCCCCCAUCGCUGGUGCUCCCCAGCCAGGGGGGGAUUUAAUUUAUUGUUCUGCUCAUAUGUUUCAGAGGAAAUAAAAAGGCAAAUAUGA